AUUAUGAGUUUAGGAACGACGAACACAAACUGUUCGAUCGACAGUGGCGCCACUGCACCCGACAUCAGCAGGCGGUGCGAUCUCUUUCCUUUUCUAGUUCUGAUCGCGUGGGGGGUCCAAGAUGGGCGCUUACAAGUAUAUGCAAGAGUUGUAUCGCAAGAAGCAGAGUGAUGUGCUCCGUUUCUUGCUUCGCGUCAGAUGUUGGCAAUAUCGCCAGCUCACUAAGUUGCAUCGUGCUCCAAGACCAUCCAGACCUGACAAGGCCCGUCGCUUAGGAUACAAGGCUAAACAAGGUUUUGUCAUCUUCAGAAUUCGCGUACGACGCGGAGGUCGCAAACGUCCCGUACCCAAGGGAGCUACUUAUGGCAAGCCCAAAAGCCAUGGUGUGAACCAGCUCAAGCCCACCCGUAAAUUACAAUCUGUGGCUGAGGAACGCGUUGGCCGACGUUGUGGGGGUCUUCGAGUCUUGAAUAGCUACUGGGUAGCACAAGACUCCUCUUACAAAUACUAUGAAGUAAUUUUGGUUGAUCCCGCACACAAGGCUAUCCGUAAAGAUCCUAAGGUUAACUGGAUCACCAAUGCCGUACAAAAGCAUCGUGAACUCCGUGGAAAGACAUCCGCCGGAAGGAGUUCUCGAGGAUUAGGUAAAGGACAUCGUUUCUCACAGACGAUUGGUGGUUCACGACGUGCAGCCUGGCUCAGGAGGAAUUCGCUGUCUCUUCGUAGAAAGCGAUAAAUCAUCAUAUUCUUUGAGGUGUUUAUUCCAGCGACUCUACAUACGUUAUCUUAUUGCAUUCAGAAUUUCUCUCUGCGAUUUUUCAAUCGAUGUCGCGAAGAAUAAACUUCCUUUUCCUAAAAACAUCAAAA